AGAACACACUGUGCAGAAAGAAGCCGCGGAUUUGAUUUGACGCCGCUAGCAAGCUAACGCGGACUGUGUUGUGCACUGUUUGAUACUAUAAGUGACACAGUCUCUGAGAAUGACAUUAUUUGAUAACCAGGAUAAAACUACAAGAAAUAAGAAUGAAUCUUGACAGACUUCGGAAGCGAGUCCGGCAGUACAUUGAUCAGCAACAGUAUCAAAGUGCUCUGUUUUGGGCCGACAAGAUCGCAUCCCUUUCUCACGAGGACCCCCAGGAUAUUUACUGGCUAGCUCAGUGCCUUUUCUUGACCUCACAGUACCACAGAGCCUCACAUGCCCUCCGCUCACGAAAACUUGACAAGUUGUAUGGAGCGUGUCAGUAUCUUGCUGCUAGGUGCCAUUAUGCUGCCAAAGAGUUCCAGCAGGCCUUGGAUAUCCUGGACGCAGAAGAGCUGGCGAGUAAGAAGCUGCUGGACAGAAGCGUGAAAGAGGACAACACGACAUCAGAGUCGAACAAGGACUGGGACAUGUCUCCUGCCUCUGUCAGCAGCUCCAUCUGCCUCCUGCGGGGUAAGAUCUAUGAUGCCAUGGACAACAGACCACUGGCCACCUCCAGCUACAAAGAGGCCUUGAAACUGGACGUCUACUGCUUUGAAGCGUUUGACCUUUUAACGUCCCACCACAUGUUGACGGCGCAGGAAGAGAAAGACUUCCUUGACUCACUUCCUCUGAGUCAACAGUGCACUGAGGAGGAGGAGGAGCUGUUACACUUCCUGUUUGAGAAUAAGUUAAAGAAGUAUAACAAGCCCAGCGAUGUGGUGGUGCCUGAGAUGGUCAACGGUCUUAAGGACAACUUGGAUGUAGUGGUGUCUCUUGCUGAGAGGCAUUAUUAUAACUGCGAUUUCAAGAUGUGCUACAAACUCACAUCAACGGUGAUGGUGAAAGAUCCCUUCCAUGCCAACUGUUUGCCAGUCCACAUAGGAACCCUUGUGGAGCUCGGGAAAGCAAAUGAGUUAUUUUACCUCUCGCACAAACUUGUAGACCUGUAUCCUAACAACCCGGUAUCCUGGUUUGCUGUCGGCUGCUACUAUCUGAUGGUUGGCCAUAAAAACGAACAUGCUCGGAGAUACCUCAGCAAAGCCACCACGCUGGAGAGGACGUACGGACCAGCCUGGAUUGCUUAUGGACAUUCAUUUGCGGUGGAGAGUGAGCACGACCAAGCCAUGGCUGCUUACUUCACAGCUGCACAGCUGAUGAAAGGGUGUCACUUACCCAUGCUCUACAUCGGACUGGAGUACGGUCUGACCAACAACUCCAAGUUAGCAGAACGUUUCUUCAGCCAGGCUCUGAGCAUCGCUCCAGAGGAUCCGUUUGUCAUUCACGAGGUGGCCGUGGUGGCCUUUCAGAAUGGAGACUGGAAGACGGCGGAGAGGCUGUUUCUGGAUGCCAUGGAGAAGAUCAAAGCCAUAGGGAACGAGGUCACUGUGGACAAAUGGGAGCCUCUGUUAAACAACUUGGGUCACGUGUGUCGGAAAUUGAAGAAGUACGACCAGGCUCUGGAGUACCACCGUCAGGCCCUGGUGUUGAUCCCUCAGCAUGCCUCCACCUACGCUGCCAUAGGAUAUGUGCACAGCCUCAUGGGUGACUUUGAGAGCGCUAUAGACUACUUUCACACGGCACUUGGACUAAAAAGGGAUGACACUUUCUCUGUGACAAUGCUCGGCCACUGUAUCGAGAUGUACAUCGGUGACACAGAUGCCUAUAUUGGCACAGACAUCAACGACAAAGUGCGAGGUAGCUUGAACACUCCCGCUCUGAUGAAGAUGCUGAACACCACAGAGAACAGUGAGCUUCUGGCCACCCCGAGACUAGAAGACACCAGCAUCACGUCGAUGGAAACGCCGCUCUCUAAUCAGGACAAGAUGAUGCUGGAGACGCCCCUGCGGCUCUCUUUAACCCUGGAGUGUGACAUGUACGAGAGCGACGUCAUGUUAGACACCUUGUCCGACACCAGCACGUGAUGUCGUCUUGUGUGGAGGUGGGACUGUCGGCAACAUGUCGUCAUAGGCACACACAUCAGAACCCAAUGAAUCGAACCAAAACUCUGGCACCUGUCCUCCACCAAAGGUUUUCCUGUGGAUUCCCCCUCUUGUGCAUUAGAUCGUAUUGCUUCCGUCAGAGUGUAAACAUAGAACACAUCGUUUUUGAAUACUUCUGAACCUGAGGAAAUGUGUGAGUGAUUUUAGCAAGAACGCACUUUAAAAGGGGAAUUAACAUGUGCCUUGGUUUAGGUGUUGAGCACUUGGUUUAGUUUUGAACCUUGGGUUAAUCCUGAAGACGCUGGAGACAUGUGGUCCUCUGACGCCUGAUUGAACAGAGCAAAGAACACAGCCAGACACCUCGCAUCACAGAAAAGACUAGUCACUUAUUAUUGCUGCCUGUGGCAGGACCCUCCGUGUUGUUUAACCUGUGGAUUUACACCUCGAAUAAAGAGCCAGCUCAGUACAAGCAGUUUUGGUGAAAAAAAAAAACACUUCUUGGUAAUUGAUACAAUAAACCAUGCAUUUAUCUUAAGAUGUGA